CCUGAUAAACUUCAGUCCAAUAAUUUUAUCAGAUUUUAAUGACAAUGCGUAGGCAGAAAAAGGCGACAACUGUACUUCGAGCCGAAUAAUUACAGUCCAUAGGGCGAUACCCCGUUCUGGCGUUCGUAUCUCAGCAGCAGCAGCGAAUACUACGAGCCGCCGCCGAGUAGCUACUAUACGCCGUACAAUACGCCGCCGUACUUAGCACAGCCCGGACCCGGCAGCUGGCUGGCCGAACAGCAGUUGCCGCAGAUGCAGUACCUCCGAUUUCCCACACCUCCGAUCACACCGCCGCGCGCUGCUCCUGCUCCAGCUGCUGUUGAGUCCGGCUUGAGUCCACGCACGCAGUCCGUCAUCAUGAAGUGCACGAAGCAGAGCUCGACUUCCGGUUCCGGUUCGCCGACAGAAUCCUGCAGCGAACAGAGCAGCUGCAGCGACUGCGACUUUCUCUGCAAUUGGCACGAUUGCGGCAGAGUUUUUGAAUCUUUGGAGGCGCUGGCCCAACACGUCACCUUACGUCAUGCGAUCGCCUCGCUGCUCGAUGGCCUCUACUAUUGCCGCUGGAGCGGCUGUCAGCGCAGCGAGCGCGGCUUUAAUGCGCGCUACAAGAUGCUCGUCCAUGUGCGCACCCAUACCAAGGAGAAGCCGCAUCGGUGUCAUCUGUGCGAGAAGUCCUUCUCGCGUGCCGAAAAUCUCAAAAUACACAUACGCUCACAUUCGGGCGAGAAGCCCUACAAGUGCCACUUCGAGGGCUGCCUGAAGGCCUACUCGAACUCCUCGGAUCGGUUCAAGCACACGCGCACACACUCCAUGGAAAAGCCGUAUAUGUGCAAGGUGCCCGGCUGCCAGAAACGCUACACAGAUCCCUCCUCGCUGCGCAAGCACGUGAAGACCUUUAAGCACAGCAUUCAGUUGAUUCAGAGCCAGACUUCCACCUGCAUGCUCGAGGGCAACGAGUCGCCCUACACUUGCCUGCCGCUGGCACAGCCGCAGCCGCAGCCGCUGCCAGCGCCCGUUGCCGCACCACAGCCAGACCCCACCGCACCCAGAACACCCUACUAUUUGGACAUGGCUGAGCGUGACAACGUGGCAAGCGACUAUACGCUGCGACCCAAACACAAUACAGACUACUGGCUGAGCACGCGGGAGCACAAUUAUCGCUAUCUGCACAGCGAGGACUUUUCUAUGGAUAUGGAACUGGACUUACCCACGCCGCUUGAUCUGCGCGUGCACAGAAGUUGAAGGCCAUGCCGGGCGAUUCACUCUAGUCAUCAGGCUAACACACUAGCUCUUGUCAUUAAUGUUAAAAUUAUCGUUUAGUUUUCAAUAAAGACUGUUGUAUGUAA